CUCAAGCAGAAGAGUGGCUGCUCGCCAGUCCAGCUUGCAUCUCCUUCUCCCAGAGUUUGUGAUGGGCCCUUCCAAGGGGUCACACACCUGCAUCCCAGCCCAGCAACUGACACCAGAGUGACCCUGAACAUCACCAAUGGCCAGAAACGCUCUAGCCUAGAAGCUGAUCUCAGCAACACGGUGGAUCAGAUCAAGAAGCGGAUCAUGCAAGAGAGGAAGUUUGGUGACUCGGGCUCCUUCGGCCUGUUGUGCGAGAAUCGGGAACUGCAGGGCCCGAAGACGCUGAGACAGGAGAAUGCAGACCCUAUCUUUGCUUUACAGACCUUCUUCCUGGAACAGCAUCCUAUGACCAAGGAAGCUGAAACCAUGUUGCAUGGGUAUGAGUAUGAGUGUGGAGACUAUGGGAUGCAGCUGCUGGUCUUUCCCAGCCAGGGCCACACUGUCCGUUUCAAAGUUGUGGAUGAGUUUGGGACUGCCUUUGAGGUUACCAACUGCUCCAUCUGCCUCCACUGGGUCACCUCUACCCAGGAAGGGGUUGUGAUCUUCUCAGCGCGCUACAAUGGCUGUCACAUGCUGAAGAAGGAUGGCCGUAACCACCUAAAGGUCCGAGUGGAGGAGCUGCAGAGCACCGGGACUGUCGCUGCUGCCUACGAUGUGAACAUGAUCUGCCCCAAGCCCACUGAACAUGACUUAAGCCCAGAGGAGACCAUGCGUGCCGUGCCGCAGCCCGGCCUGGUGCGCCCGGGGCCCGUGCCGCAGCCCGGCCUGGUGCGCCCGGGGCCCGUGCCGCAGCCCGGCCUGGUGCGCCCGGGGCCCGUGCCGCAGCCCGGCCUGGUGCGCCCGGGGCCCGUGCCGCAGCCCGGCCUGGUGCGCCCGGGGCCCGUGCCGCAGCCCGGCCUGGUGCGCCCGGGGCCCGUGCCGCAGCCCGGCCUGGUGCGCCCGGGGCCCGUGCCGCAGCCCGGCCUGGUGCGCCCGGGGCCCGUGCCGCAGCCCGGCCUGGUGCGCCCGGGGCCCGUGCCGCAGCCCGGCCUGGUGCGCCCGGGGCCCGUGCCGCAGCCCGGCCUGGUGCGCCCGGGGCCCGUGCCGCAGCCCGGCCUGGUGCGCCCGGGGCCCGUGCCGCAGCCCGGCCUGGUGCGCCCGGGGCCCGUGCCGCAGCCCGGCCUGGUGCGCCCGGGGCCCGUGCCGCAGCCCGGCCUGGUUUUUUCUAUACAUCCACCAAUGGGAUUCAAGGAAGCUGGUUUUGGCCUUUCAUGCUUUUCCUGGGACACUUCUGAAUUUUAA